GGGCUGCUGCCUCUCCUGGGCUGGAACUGCCUGCGGGACCAGAGCGCCUGCAGCAUCCUGCGGCCGGUCACCAAGGACAACGCGGCGGUGCUGGCCGUCACCUUCCUGCUCCUCUUCGCCCUCAUGAUGCAGCUUUACCUACAGAUCUGCAAGAUCGCCUUCCGGCACGCUCAGCAGAUCGCCGUGCAGCACCAGUUCAUCGCCACGGCGCAGGCCACCUCCACCCGCAAAGGGCUCUCCACCCUCUCGCUCAUCCUCGGCACCUUCGCCCUGUGUUGGAUCCCCUUCUACACCUACUCGCUGGCGCUGCCCGCUACCUGCAACUCCCUCAUCAACCCCAUCAUCUACGCCUUCAGGAACCCAGACAUCCAGAAGUCGCUCUGGCUGGCCUGCUGCGGCUGCGUCCCUUCCACCUUCUCCUCCAGACCAAGGACAUCCAGCGACGUGUGA